AUAAGAACGAUUCUCACCAAACCCAUCUUCAAAGUUUUCUUCUUUUGACCAUUUGCAUGCUUACCCGAUUGGGAAACUCUUGUUAUCCUUAUUGAUCUUCUCCCAACAGCGAUUUCCCGAUCCGAAAUUUGGGUUAAAAGUUUCCAUUUUUACAAAUCAAUUUCUGGAAAGAAAAAAAUUCAUCUUUUUGAUGGCUGCGUACGCGAAUUAUCUUCGACUGGCACGUCUUGGAACAAGUUCAUCAGGUGUAAACCUGUCGACUCUCAGAUCAAUCGGUUAUUCAAAUCCAACAUUUGACAAGACUCACGAGAUUCGUUCCUCUUCUUCUUCAUCGUUAGUAUCACAUUCUUCUUCGUUCAGACAAUUCCACGCCAGAUUCAUCUCUCAACUUAUCAAAACCAAUGGGAAACGUUUGUUUCUUGUCGAUACACUCGCUUUGGUGAGGAGCUUAGAAGCACAAGGCCUGCCUUCGAAACAAGCCGAGGCUAUAACCGGUGCUAUAACUGAAGUUCUUAAUGAUAGCUUAGGAGUUGUUUCACAGUUGGUUGUCUCCAAAGGAGAGAUGCAGAAAGCUGAAAUGACACAGGAAUCAAACUUAUCCAAGUUCAAAAGUGAAAUUAACAGUUCGCUGGACCACCAUUUCUCUUUGCUGCAACACGAGAAUGAGAAACUCCGCAAUGACAUAGAGCGAAUCCGCUCUGAUAUAAGACACGAGAUCGAUAAAGUCACAGCAGGACAACGGCUGGACCUGAAUCUUGAAAAAGGGAGGAUAAGAGAUGAGUUACAAAAUCAAAACGCAGAAACCUCUAACCUUACAAACAAACUUGACCGUGAGAUUCACACUUUGAGAGCUCAGUUAGAAGCAGCCAAGUAUGAGGUGAUCAAGUACUGUAUUGGUACGCUUGUCUCCAUCUCAGCAGUUGGUCUCGCUGUCCUCCGGAUCGUCAUGUAACUCCAUCCGACGGUGCCGGUUUUAAGACCAACUCAUCAUCAUCCCUGUUUUUUAAUUACGGGAUGAAAUCUUUGGUCUUGUUAAUUAUUCGUAUGUUUAAUGUAAUUGUAUUUACUUUUUUAUGUGAAAGAUAUAAAGAAUCACCAAAUCUAGUAAAUUUGAACCCUUCAU